CUGCUGCCCGCAGCCGCAGAACGAGUACAUCGAGCUGCACCGCAAGCGCUAUGGGUACCGCCUGGACUACCACGAGAGGAGGAGGAAGAAGGAGGGCCGCGAGGCCCACGAGCGGUCCCGGAAGGCCAAGAAGAUGAUCGGGCUGAAGGCCAAGCUCUACCACAAGCAGCGGCACGCCGAGAAGAUACAGAUGAAGAAGACCAUUAAAAUGCAUGAAAAGAGAAACACGAAGAAAAAGAACGAUGAAAAAACACCUAAAGGAGCUGUACCAGCAUACCUGCUGGACAGAGAGGGCCAGACCCGGGCUAAGGUUCUUUCUAACAUGAUCAAGCAGAAAAGAAAAGAAAAAGCCGGAAAAUGGGAGGUUCCUGUGCCAAAGGUCCGUGCACAAGGCGAAACUGAAGUCUUAAAAGUGAUUCGUACCGGAAAGAGAAAGAAGAAGGCCUGGAAGAGAAUGGUUACAAAAGUUUGUUUUGUUGGAGAUGGCUUUACUAGGAAACCUCCUAAAUACGAACGAUUCAUUCGACCAAUGGGCUUACGUUUCAAGAAGGCACACGUGACACAUCCUGAACUGAAAGCGACUUUUUGUCUACCCAUUCUCGGUGUAAAGAAGAAUCCUUCGUCUCCUCUGUAUACAACGCUGGGAGUGAUUACCAAGGGUACCGUCAUCGAGGUGAACGUGAGCGAGCUUGGCCUCGUGACACAAGGGGGCAAAGUUAUCUGGGGGAAGUACGCACAAGUGACAAACAAUCCAGAAAAUGAUGGCUGCAUUAACGCAGUGCUACUUGUUUGAUACUCAGCAUUGGACGUGGG